GUUCAGCACAAAAAAAAGAUAAGAAUACCGAUAUCACUAAGAAAAAAAUUCUUAUCCUUCAUUUAAAAUGAUUGAUUGGUUGAUUGAUUGAUUAAUUAAUUUAUUAAUUAACAAAUAAUCAAUUUGAAAUAUUUUUUUAUGUACACUUUCUAUCGUUGUCGGCCGUUAAUUAAAAAAAAGUAUUUUUCAACGCUUUCGACGCACAUUUAAAGCCAAAACAUAAAAAACAAAACAAAAACAUCAAUGCAUUGUUAGUUUUUGUUUUCUUGCACUGGAUCGUAGUUUUAUUAUUACUACUACUACCAAUCUUAAUGUUUAGAUGAAUAUUAAUGAAAUUUAUAUGCGUCUUCUAAUGUUUUGUCUCUUGUUACACGUCGUACGUGAUAAAAAAUAGCACAUGGAGAAUCAUCUAGAAAAAAAUGUUUAAAUGCAGAUAGAUAGAAGAAUCAUUAUCUCACGAUAAGAAGCUUUUCCUCUUCGUUUCUUGUCUACGUCUUUCUUUGAAUUUUCUCUCUCUCACUCUCUCUUUUUUGAAUUUUGUUUACAACUACUACGAUUGUAGAGUGAAUUAGAGGCAAUACAAAUGUUGAUUUUUUUUUGUAGUUUUUUUUAUAAUUUCACACGUUUUAUUUACAAAAGGUCCCCCCUAAAAAAUUUCCUCUAUAUUUUCAUACAGCAUUUUUUGAAUAUUUGAAUUAUAUUUAAAACAGGUAUAUAAGGGACAACAACAAAAAAAAGUAUUAAAAUAAUAAAGUAUAAAGUUUUUUUUUAAAAAAAAAUAAUAAAAAAAAACAAUUUAAUGAGUAAGAAAGAUAAAACUUAUCGUGAUAAUCAAACUGUUAAAGCUUUAAUUGAAGGUGAAAUUGAUAUUUUGAGAAAAGAUUUAGCUUCUGCAAUGGGUAAAUUUCAAUGUUCUGAAUCGAGUUUGAGAGGUAUAAAAGAGGGGCUAGAAAAUAGACGUUUAGAAUUAAUUCAACAUCAAAUGUUAUUAAAUAUGUACGAGAAAGAAUUGAAUAGUUUGAAUAUAGAAUAUAAGGUUAAUAAGACUAACGAAGGCGAUUUAAUUGCUGAAAAUAACGGUUUAAAAGCUUUACUUAAAAUUGGAGUUGAAAGUAUAAGAAAAGGUCAAUUUGAUAUAGUAUUAUCACCAUCUGAGUUGGAUCACAGAAUAGGUCAAGAACUAAUGCAAGAUACUAUCAUCCAGUCCCGUUUAACAAAUAAUGCUAUUAUAUCUAGAGAGAAUAAUCCAAUUUUUACAAACAGUAAAACAUCUAUUAUUUAAAUAUGACCUUCACAUUUGUUAAAUUAGGCCAUUAACCUCUAUUAUUCGUAUAUAUUUAAUAAAUAAAAAAUAAAAAGAAUUUAAUUGAAUUAAUGAAUAAUUUCUCUAUGUAAAUAAACCUCUCUAAGAGAGAGAGAGAGAGAGGAAAAAGUAAUAAAGUCGUAAAAUAAUCUAUUAAUCCUUUACAUACAUAUAUCUUUAUGCGUCUUUAAGCUAUCACGUAUCUCUUAACAGGCACGAAAUACCUAUAUACUAUGAAGUAAAAAAUUGGUAGAUAGUAAUUGUAUUAUUAGACAUAGA